UUUACAAAUGCUGACUUCCGAACAGCGCGGAGACGCUAGCAAAACGGCGUUUUUUGAACGGUUUCUGUCUCCUUACUUUCCCUAUAUAUCUCCCGAGAGCCGACGACAAGUUGUUACGUUUGUCGUUUUCGCGUUUGGUUCCGUUUAGGCGGAGCUGCGGCCAUGUUGGCACGUCACGAGCUGAGCCAACAUGGCGGAUGGAUUCAUUUAGACAGGUGUGCGAUCCCUUCGUGAACUUGGAAGUAUGUGACGUCACGCAGCUUUGUCUUCCGCAAAUGCGUAUUUGUCUAAAAAGUCCUUUUAAACCCAAUGUUAGUCGGCUGUAAAACGCGAGCUGACUUGGAGGCAUUGUGCGCGUGCGCGUCAUGCACCUGAGUCGUCUCCUGGUCGGCCUCGCGUCGUGUUGUUCGAGAGCGCCUUCGGACUGCAAAAGUUUGCUUCUCGGUGCACCAACGAGAAUAAAAGCGCCUCGGCUUUUUUCCCAGGCCUCAGGUCUGGGUCAGGUCCCCAUGAGCAAGAUGGAGCCUGACAAGGAGACCUUAGCUGGGGAUUCCCACAAAGAUGGUUUUCAUAAUGGAGAAAAAGAGGAAUCUGCUUCGGAAGGUGUGGUUGGUCUUGAGAGGGGUUCGGAACCGGAGAGCCCGAAGGGGAAUCGAGGCCAGGAGAACGUGGAGACGGGAGCCUCCAACAAAUCAGUCGCCAAGCAAGAGUCGGGCAAGAGAAACAGGAAGAGGGGACGACGAGUGGACAGUGAGCAAGAUGCGGAGAAGACAAAGAAAAAGAAGCAGACCCAACGACCCAACUACUUUGUCUCGAUCCCUAUCACCAACACACGGAUCCGGUCAGCGGUGACUGAGGUCCAAGAGGCGCUGCUGGAGCGCGAACCUCGCUUGGCCAGAGCCAUGAUCCCGGUCCCGACGCUCCACAUCACACUUCUCGUCACCCAUCUGGCCCGCCAGGAGCAAGUGGAGCUGGCGGCGGCGGCGUUGGCCCAGGCGGAGCCGUCAUUGGCCGAGCUGCUGGGAGGGGCGGAGCUGGCGCUGCCCUUCUCGGGCGUCGCUCACUUCAGAAACGACGUGGUGUUUGUCGCCCUCGCGCCCGGACCGCACAGAAAUGCGCUGCACAGCCUGGCAGAGUUGCUGUGCGGUCGUUUGGAGGAGCGAGGUCUUCUGGAGGGCGACGCUCGCGGCUUUGAACCGCACCUCACCAUUAUGAAGCUGUCCAGAGCGCCAAAGCUCAGAUCGCAGGGUAUAAAACGCGUGGACCCUUCGCUCUACUCCAACUACACCAGCAGGUUUUUCGGCGAGCAGACGGUGGAGCGUCUGGAUCUUUGCUCCAUGCUGAAAAAGAAGCAGCAGGACGGCUACUACCACACUGAGACGUCGCUGCAACUCGGCGGUCGUCGUCGGUCUGAGCCUGACGAGGCGGAGCUUCUGAGAAUCAGCAGGCGAUUGGUGGAAGAUGCCCUCAGUCGUGCCGUGCAGCAAUACAAACAGGAAACGCUCCAGAACGGGGGCGGGCCCGACGCGGGGCGGCCGCCCGGAAACGCGGACGGGGACGCGGCCACGAAGACGACGGACGCUAAUGCCGCCGCGGACUCCGGGAAGUGACGUGAUCGGACCCGGAGCUAACCGGAAGCGCUAAUCGCCAAAAUGUCCGGUCCGCUUCGUCGUCACGCGGCUAACCUCGAAGGCGAGCCCGGCGUCAAUCGGCUAAUCUCGAAGGCUUGUCGCUCACGUUAGCUAGGAUGGCCGCCCACUUCACCAAGAUGGACUCUGGUAGCUCGAUAGUCACAGUGAGCCCAAAGUGUCUCGCUGAUCUACAACACAGGGUUCCCGGCACCUUGCGUCGGCUAAUUGCUAAAAUGGCCAUUUGCGAAUAUUUGGAGCAGGAUUGUUCACGCUGACUCGUUAAGACUGACCGUGAGACUUGAUCGGAUUCUGAAGCACAUCGUGUCGUUUUGUAUUCGUGACGUUCUAAUUUGGACGUCUCGAGGUGUGCUCGCGUUAAACGUGUUCCACUGGUGUCCUGCGGGGACAGCAGUGAGACAAUCACCCAAAUCAAUCCACUCUAAAAACAAAAUUUCACACAACACUAAUCAUGUUAGCAUAGACAUUUAACAAAUGCAGCACAACCCUAGUAUCCAUUGUUUUAAUGUUUUUAUUACGCUGUUUUUUUGUUGUUGUUUUUUUAGUACACGGCGAUACACAGGGAACCCCCAUUUAUACGUUCCACCCAGCCCCAAAAUCGGCGAUAUAUAAAGAUCACCUAAAAACAGAUUUUUAUUUAUUUUUUUUUUGAUUUUUUUUUUUACCCCUCCCACAUACUUUAAACACAUUUUUUAUUUAUUCACACUUUUAAAAGGUAACAACCUAUUUAAAAAAAACAAUAGUUUAAAAAUCUGCGCAAACAAUACACUGAUAUCGCAGGUUCACGUUAUUCUUGUUAAUAAUCAUGAUUUCACACGAUACGCCGUCACUUUAUUCCUUCUCCCGUUUGCGUGAUGAACCCCUCGAGGUUUACGACUGUUGUAAGUUGUUGUUGACAGAAAGCAUGUUGCCCUCUGGUGGCCUGGAGACAAACCGGUGGCCGCGCAAGCAUGGACGUCAAACGAUCGAACGUGCCAGAGGAUUUUGCAAAACCUGACUGGAUGUGAGGAUAGGUGAACGUUAUUUAUGAUGGAGCUAUGCUAAUCACACGUCCACAAUUUUUGAUUUGUGAGAUUAAUGAAUAGAAAGCAUUAAGUCGAAAUAUUGCCGUAUAAAAACUAAUGUGAGAAAAUAAGUUGUAAUGGAAAGAAAAUUAUUUUUCUUUAACUGAAAAAGUAAUUUUUCUGUGGGAAAAAUAUCAUUGUGGAGCAUUGUGGCUUCAUUCUUGUUAAAAAAAAAAAAAAAAAAAAAAAAAGUUUUAAAGAAAAAGCUUUUUUCUCGUGAAAUUUUGCGUGAUAUUUCGACUUUUUUUUUUUUUACGAUUUCAAUGAGAAAAAAAGUAAUAUGACAGUUUUUGGAAUAUGACAAGAACAUACUUCUUUUUUCUCGUAUUAAGACUUCCUCAUAAAACAAUAAUUUUUCUGUUGCUAUUGCGACAAAUGUCCCCCCCAAAAGUUGUAAUAGUGCGAGAAACUGUAAAAGAACUACGAGAAUCAAGUUGUAAUAUUAAAGAGACUGAAGAGAAAGAGCUAUUGUAACAAAAUGCUGACAUUUAGUUUUUUUCUCUGACAGCAAAACCUAUUUCUACAAAAAGAGCUUCCUUUUCAAUUGCUUCCAGGAAGAAUUCUUCAUUUUCACCCCCCCCCCCCCCCCCCCCCCCCCCCCCCCCCCCCCCGCCCUCCAAACGCUUCUAAUUGACUCUGAGCGAUCGUUUGGUGAGCAGCUUUUAACUCCAGAUCAUGACUGAGGAUUGUUCUGUGUGGUUUAGAAGCACACCGAUGCUGUUUACUGUUGGAAGUGGCCUUCUGUCCCCAUUUUUAAUUUAUUUUUUUUUCCCAUUUCCUACAAGCGCUUACUUACCGUGACGCUAGCGUCAAGGCUGGACUAGUGUUGGACGUGACACAAGUACUCUGUUCCAGCCACGUUUUCUUUUUUGUUUUUGUCCCACGUGUGUGAAACGUGCUCUCAUCCCUCUUCCGAUGCUGUCGUGAUUAAAAAGAACACCUUUUCAUUUAAUGUCUUCUUUUUGUUGUCACCAGAUCCUUAAAGCGCCAUCAAAUCCCCUUUAAUACGCACUUUGUCCUCGUGGCCCACAUUGUUAAAUCUUCGUACAAGCCUGUGUGUGAUACGAUUAUUUGAUCAGUGCUUCUCCAGGGACCUUGUCUCCUUCCAUUAUCACAGCAAGGAACUGUGUGUGUGUUUGCAUUGGUGUGUUUUGUUCCGUCCCACGUGAACAAUAAAACAGGAUAUGAAAUUUCCAACCAAUAUCUGGUUGUCUAUGUGUUGACUUCAAAUGUGUUUGUGAACUGUAAACGGUCAAUUAUUUUAGAGAAAAGAGGGUAGUAUAUAGUGCGCGGAUGGGAAAACACAAAACUGUAUUACAUUAGUCGGAUCUUAUACAACGUAUUUUAUUUGGAGGGGAGGAGUGUUGCUUAAAAAAUCUAAUAUUUGAAAAAGGCUCUGAAGAAAAAAAUAAAAAUAAAUAAGAACCAAAUAUUACUUGAAAAAUAUUAAUCAGAAAUCAGAAACCCUAACGCUAAUUUGAAACCCUACUUUAAAACCAAUACCCUAUUUUGAAACUCUAAAUCGGUUUUACAAACCUAAUUAGAAACCCUACUUUGAAACCCUAACCCUGUUUUGAAAUCCUGCUUUAAAACCCUAACCCCAUUUUGAAACCCUAAUUUCAAACCCUAAGCCGGUUUUGAAACCCUAACCCCGUUUUAAAACCCUAAUUUCAAACCCUAACCCGGUUUUGAAACCCGACUUUAAAACCCUAUCCCGGUUUUGAAACCCUACUUUGAAAUCCGAACCCCAAUUUGAAACCCUAAUGCUAAUUUGAAACCCUACUUUGAACCCCAACUUUGAAACUCUAAAUUGGGUUUAAAAACCUAAUUAGAAACCCUACUUUGAAACCCUAACCCCGUUUUGAAAACCUACUUUAAAACCCUAACCCUGUUUUGAAACGCUAACUUCAAACCCUAACCCCGUUUUGAAACCCUCAUUUCAAACCCUAACCCUGUUUUGAAAUCCUACUUUAAAAUCCUAACCCUACUUCGAAACCCUAACCCUCUUUUGAAACUCUAACCCUGAGCCUAAUUUCAAGCACUAACCCAGUUUUGAAACGCUGAUUAGAAACCCUAACCCUGUUUUGAAACCCUAGUUUGAAACCGUGUAUAUUAUUCCUAUGUGCCGAUUGAUUUCAAUUUUGCAGCGUUAACUCUUCGUGCCGUUGGUGUUUCUUCAUUUGUGUGUUGGAAUCCCCAAAGAAUCUAAAUGAUGAAAUCACUCAUUAGCGUUUUAAAUUUGCUCAUUUCUGUCCUUUUCUGAGCCAAACAGAAUCGAGUAUUCACCAAGACCAUUGUAAAUACUGUGCGCUCUCACACAAACAUCCACGCUGCGCUUCCAAGUGCCUUCAAAAAAACGGAUCAUCUAUAUAUUUUUUAGAUAUUCCCAAUGUUUUCUUUUAGAAAAUAGAGCUGUCGUAAAUCUUGGAAAAAUUAAUAUUUUUCCAUACUUCCAUCCUGGAAAUGUAUGAAGUCAAAUUCCAUCCUUUUCCAUACUUGCGUAGGAACCCCAUCGAGCUUCUAUCCUUCUUCGUCUACCAUCCUCAGUCCAUUUUUAUGCUUCAUCUACCUCCACCAUCUCUCCUUUCAUCCCUUUCUCAUGUCCUUCCUCAUCCACCUUCUUUUUUCAUCCUUUUCUCCUUCUUCGUUUUUUGUGUCUGAGAAAUGAGAUCACGUCGGUGUCAUCUCUCGCACACACACAAAACAUGCCGUUUCCUCAUCUGUCGUUGUCAUGGCGACGGGGUGCACUCGGGGUGAAGCCAGCGUGUCCGCGCGCGCGUUUGUGUGUCCACAACUCGGUGGCCAUUUGGACGUGGCCGAUUGUGAGCACUCGACUUGUUAUUUCACAGUGCGCGCGGGUUUUAUAUGAACUUGUUUAACUAUCACA